AUGGACACACAGCUUGCAAAGAAAAGCCAAACAAUAGAAUCAAGAACAGAAAGCUCAGAUUUUGAUGAUGAAGUCAGAGUUUUCUUUACAAAACCAGUUAGUGAUCCUGGUACCGGUUCUUUGGUAAAUCGAAAAACAUUUGAAAACGUCGUACAAGCUGCGCCAAUUAUCGCUGUGCUAUUGAAUAAUACAAUUAAUGAAACUCAAUCCAGAAUUAAACGUUAUAUUAAAUCAUUGGAUAUUGAGAAUGCAAGACCGAGAAGCACGACACACAAAUUAAGAAAAGAAACAACGGAAAAGAUCUACAAAUAUUCCGACAUGCAGGAUCUGGCACAGUUGGUGGAACUUCAGGAUGAUGAACUCCAAGGCCGUGUGUCCCUUCGAUAUUUACGAAAAUAUGUCGGCACAGCGUUAUUUAAUAUUUGCGAUUAUCAGGAGCCGAAAACACGGCAAGUUUACUUGUUUAACGCUUCAAGGAUCGUCAUUGCUAUUAGCAAUUUUACGCUGGAAAGGAUGACCCUGGUGGUGACACCAGCUCGUUCACUGCUAAACAGUGUAGGCCGUUGCCCACCAGCCCAUCUGGAGUGUCAAGUGGCUGGUACAAGGGUGUGUAUAGACUCAACCAACGCGUGCGAUGGAGUACCUAAUUGUGGGGCUUACGAUAUAUAUGAUGAGGACCGUCUCCGAUGUGGCUGGUCCCACGGGCUUCAACAUAACGUCUGCCUGGCUGCUUGCACAUUCGUGGCUGUCAUUUUGACACUUCUUUAUACGGUCCACUACUGGCUGAAGCGAUGCGUGCCCAGGGUGUCACAGGCAUUCUUCAUCUACGCCGACGCAUCUGAAAACAUAAUUGCAGCAUUCCUCUGCGGAUGUUUACGCAAGAAAAAAGCGGACAAUUUUUCCGAUGAAGCAUUUGCAGAGAUUGAACAGUUAUCACAUGUCGAGAAAAGGUUAUUGUUCACCUGGUUAGAGCUGCGUAAUAUCUCCCUGGUGAUAAAGGACGCUGGCGUACCGGGCCAGACUGAACGGUUGGAAAUCUCGAAAAGAGAAACAUCAGUGAAACAAAAGACGAGCGCAAGUUUCGAAAUUUCAAAUGAGGAAACGUCAGAGAAACAAAAGAAGACCACCUCGGAAAUGCGCAAUGAUCCAAUAAAAACGACGCACGAACCAAGAAGGAACAGCGAACUGAACCUCCUUCAGCUCAUAAGAAAUCUAAAAAUUUCAGACUCCGAUUCAAGUAAUAAAACAGAAACGGAAAUAAAUAAUACCGUAUACGAAAAACCUGUUGAAGCCCAUAAAAUAUCUACCGAAACCAAAGAUAAGCAUUUGAGAUUUGAUGAAGACAUUGUCACAAUACCAAGGAACGAUAGUCAAGAAAGCUCUGAACAUACAAUAGAAGAUGAAAAACCGAGCACGAGUAAAGAAUUUAAGGGUUUUUGGCGAUCAGGAAAGAAGAAACAAAAGAAAUCCCAACUUGCAUUACGAUGA